AUGAUACGCGUGGCGGCGUGCCCCGACGUCUCCGUCCCUCACAGGGGCCUGAACUUCUCCUUGAGGAUGAGGACAUCGACCGUCGAGGUGAAGAGGGCGCACUGCGUCCACAUCUCCACCAACUCGCUCUCCGGAAACCCUAGAUCGAACCACCCCACUUCCCCCACUCCCUCUCGCUCCCCCUCCCGAUCCGAUCUGGAUCGGGGUUGCGACCCCGUCGCCGCUCGAUGUCCCGGACGCCGCCGCCCGACGCCGUCACUGGACCCCGCAGCUGCCCGUCGCCUCGUCCUCCUCGUCUCCUCGCUGGCGACGAGUCCCCGUCUCCUUCCCAAAGGCUCCACCGAGCCUCGCCGCCCCCUGCUCACCAACGCGGGUGAGAACCCCGUCACCUCCCGCCUGUACUCCUGCACCCGCCGUGGCCUCACUCACGCCCACUGCCCCGCGGUCGCGCUCACCGCGCCUGGUCUCUGCGCUCGCUGCGACCAGGCCGCGCUCCCGCAUGCCCCGUCCGCCCCUGCUCACCCCCGCCUCCGGAGUCACACGCGCUCGCCCGCGCAGGCCCCCGACGCGGCCACCCGCACCGCAGGCUGCGCCCAUGGAUGCCUCGCCCCGGCCUCCUCGCUCCGCGCUCACCACGACCCCGCCGCGCCGACGGCUCCGCCUUCGCGCGCGCUCUCACAUCACCACACCCGCCUGCACUCGCCCCUCCCCACGCUACCCCGCGCGCGCCCCCGCGAGAACCUGGCCGCGCGCCUCGCGUCGAGGAUACGCCUCGCCGGCGGCUUUGCCGUUGGUCGCCCGCGGCCCCGCACCUGUCGCACCCAACCUGCCGUCCCGCGUAGCCCUGCCACGGCGCCCGUCUGUGCGACCCCGCUCCGGUGCCGCCUAGCCACCUCCCGCUUCAGCUCCGGCCACCCUGAGCCGUUCUAUGGCCGCGCACCAGUGGCCCUGGCCUCGCCCUACCCCGCUCCGGCGCCGUCCGAUGCUCCUCCCGUCCCUCCCGCACCGGCCACUAGCGCCCGACCUCGCCACGGCCGCGGCCCCCUCGCUGGCCGCCGCCCGGGUCCGCCCACUCCUGGGCAUGCGACCGCUCGGGCAGUGUCAUGUGCCCGUUAG